UAUCAUGCUGUCAUCACUGGGACUUUUCCACUGAUUUUCCACUGAUAUACCUACCCAACAUAUUGUUCAACAGUGAGUGAGUGGGGUAGAGGAGUAAAGUGGGAGGAGAACUGACAGUGUGUAAUAUGGCUGGCGCUGAGAGAGAGAGAGAGAGGUCCACACGGUGUGUUUCUGCUCAGAGGCAUCUCUGCUGUAGCUGAGUGAAAAUCCCCAGUCUCUUCGUACCGUCGUCUGGACUUUAUCAACGGACGGCAAUACCUUUACUAUUAUUGGGAUAUCAUAUCGGUAAUAGUUUGGAUAUCGUGAACAGCCUUUGAAGCAACCAUGUGGAUUUACAACAUUAUUUUUAUGCUCUUAAUUGUCCACUAUUCUGAGUGCAGGAGGAAUGCAUUGCAGGACUACCAGAGAAGCGAUAGUGUGCGAUUGGUCCAGCUGCCAGACUCCGCCCUCCAGACUAUAAGCAGGAAGUUGAGCGUAGUGAAGUGUGCCCGGGGCUGCAGCCGCAACAAGCGACUACUCUUCACCUGCAGAGCAUUUCUGUACGAUCAGAAAAACAGGAAAUGCCAGUGGCUUUCAUUCGACAGGAACUCACCAGGAGUCCAUAGCCAACACGACUUCAACUACCAACUCUACCAGAAGAAAUCCUAUGUGCAGGAGUGCAUAGUAGGGACAGGAGUGAACUACAGAGGGAGGAGGUCAGUAACAGCCAGUGGAAUAAAGUGCCAGGCAUGGGCCUCUCCUAUCCCUCACGAACACAAUUUCCUACCGAGGAGGAACAGGAAGAAGGACCUGAGAGAGAACUACUGUCGUAACCCUGACAAUGCUACCUCAGGACCAUGGUGUUUCACUACAGACCCCAAUGUCAGACACCAGGACUGUGGAGUACCUCAAUGCUCACAAGUGGAGUGUGUGAGCUGUAACGGGGAGAGCUACAGAGGUCCCAUGGAUCACACAGAGACAGGGUGGGAGUGUCAGCGCUGGGACCUGGAGGAACCACACAAACACCUCUUCCACCCCAAGAGGUAUCCUGAUAAAGGCCUGGUUGAUAACUACUGUAGGAACCCAGAUGGACGUCAACGACCGUGGUGUUUCACCACAAACCCACACACACUCUGGGAGUACUGCAACAUCACAGCCUGCUCCACAGACAGUGUGGUAGAGGUGGAUGUGACUACUAGGUGUUUCCGGGGUCAAGGUGAGGGCUACAGAGGGUCAGUAGCAGUAACACCCAGUGGGGUGAUCUGUCAACGCUGGGACUCGCAGUACCCCCACAACCACUCAUACGUUCCACAGAACUACCGCUGCAAAGACCUGAGGGAGAACAACUGCAGGAACCCAGAUGGACGUGACCUCCCAUGGUGCUUCACUUCAGACCCUAACGUUCGCACAGCGUUCUGCACUAACAUCCCCCGCUGUGGCAAACAGAACACUGAACCUCAAGACUGCUACACGGGUAGUGGAGAGAACUACAGAGGCGAGGUUUCCAGGACCAGGUCAGGUCUUCCCUGUUCCCUCUGGAGCGACCACAGCAACAGUGGUGACAGAGAUGCGGCGGUGCUGACUGUCAGACAGGAGGGGAGUUUCUGUAGGAACCCAGACAGAGACACAUAUGGCCCCUGGUGUUACACUAACAGCACCGCUAUACCCUGGGACUACUGCAGCAUCAAACUAUGUGAACCAUCAGAGAACACCAUUCCACAGAAAGUGGAGGUGUCCAAGGUAUUGUGUUUCAUCCAUAAGAGGACCAGGAUAGUAGGAGGAGCUCCAAUUGCCAUUACAGAUGGAAGCUGGAUGGUCAGCAUACAGAAAGGGUCCAGUCACUGGUGUGGAGGUUCUCUUAUACGGGAGGAAUGGGUUCUCACUGACAGACAGUGUUUCUCCUCAUGUGUUCCAGACCUGAGUGAGUACCGUGUUUGGUUGGGUGUGUCAGACCUCCGUGGCUCGGCUCCUAACGGCACCUUCAAACAGGAAGUCUCCAUCUCCCAUGUGGUCUGUGGUCCUGAGGGCUCCAACCUGGCCCUCAUACGGCUGGCCAAGCCUGCCCUCCCUGCAGAUAGCGUUCACACCAUUCAGCUGCCGGUGGCUGGGUGCUCUAUUGCUGAGGGUACGAUGUGUAGCAUGUAUGGAUGGGGCGAAACCAAAGGGACGGGUCAUGAGGGUGUACUGAAGGUGGUCCAUCUACCCAUGGUCAGUAAUGAGAGGUGUAGAGAACAACACAGAGGGAACCUCCACAUCACAGACACCAAGAUCUGCGCUGGGGGGAGGAGGGACGAGGGGGUCUGUGAGAGGGACUAUGGCGGCCCCUUGGUGUGCCAGGAAGGAGAGAGCAGGGUCAUAGUCGGGGUCAGUGUCCAUGGCAGAGGCUGUGCCCGUGCCAACCGCCCUGGCAUCUUCAUCAACAUCCCCUUCUAUACACAGUGGAUCCACAAGGUGUUCAGACACUACCCUGAACCUCAGAUCAACUAGAGACUAACCUUUAUCCCAUCAUCAACUAGAGACUAGACCCAACCUUGAGUAAUCCUACAACCGGUGGAUCCAUAAGAUCCUCAGACACUAUCCUGACCCGUAACCUGAUCUGACCAACUAGAACCACCUUCAUAUAGACACAUUGUUGUGUAAGUCCAGUAAGGAACAGCUGAGUCCUCGUGCAUUUGAAAGGGGGGAAAAUGCAGCCGUAUUGUAAAUAUCAGACGCAACUCCAGACUUGAUGCUGGACUGCUAAAAGACUCAUCAUGGGCUUCUAUAUGUCUGUGGAGUGGAACAUAAUUGUGUUGAUAAAACUGCUGGAUUGAUCUUUAGAUAAUGUAAAUAUGUAUUGUUACAAACAUGCUACUAAGGACAACAGAGGUGUGGAUAUGUGGUUGGCCAACGACCAUGUCCUGAAGCUGGUAAGGUUUGGAGUCAGAAAGACGCUGUAGAUAAGAUGGUAAAAGUGGGAAUACACUUGAUUCCGGACGUUACUUGAAUGUACUGAAAACCAAAAGGCAGUAGCUCUCCACUUCUGUAGUGUGCUUCAGUAGGGCACUGUCAAGGGAACUAAAAUAUAGCUGGGUCGUUCCACCAAUUCGGUGCCUUUUGAGAAGUGUAAAACAUUUAAUUUGACCAAAUUUUAACAUUCUGCCACAAAGAGCACAUGUUCAACUUAAAAAAUUAAAAAAUUCCCCAUUUCAAGAGGUUAAAUAAAAAAAGGGUUGAUGAUUUCAUCUUAAAUCAGCCAUACAACCCUUGUGAAAUGGGGAUGGAAGCUAGUUGUGUGCAACAGGGAGUGUCAAUUGAAUGCCAGCUUCACAAAAUGUUUUAAAUUGUUUAAAAAUUUCGAGCCUGUCUAUCUAUGGGUAACAGUGUUGACGUGUUAUGCUCGACCUGCUCAGUUUUCCACCACAAAACACCAGAAAAUUGCCAAAAAGAGUAUAACCAGCUAACCUGCUUUUACAUUAUGAUUUGACUAUUAGAUGUUCAAAGUUUCUUUUGAUUAAAAUAUUUACGUAGGAAUAGUUUCACCAUAUUAAAAUUAGAGUUCAGUUCACAUAAACAGGUUUGACCUUAAAAUGAGGGACAGAGGUAAAUGAAUCACAAAUUACAUUAAAUAAAUAAUCAUCUUCAGAAAUGACUUUACAAAGCAACAAAAUAACUAGGACUUUACAAUGAUGGUGAAAACAUGGAGAAAUGUUGUGGUUAAGUGGGUUAAAAUCAUCCUAGAAGUCAUGGUGGGUUCACGAAAAAACAUGUAAAAAUGCUGACUUUAUCAAGUCUUUAUUCAUAUAAAAAUCUGAUAUAUUGAAUAUAUUGACAUAUUGAAUUCUCCAUGUGGUCUAUAUUGAAGGGCACUUCAUUUAAUGUAACAGACUUUUAAAAUGCAAUAUUGGUGCACAAUUUCUACUUUAAUAUCAAAGGGAAGCAAAAGGCUCUCUUUUCGUGGAACAACCCAGCUCUGUACAUCUGGGGGCAUUUUACUGUACUAUACCUAUAAGUGUCUCAGUGUAAAUAGUUUUCUGAGUUUAAAUCUGACAGGCUGAAUGUGAUAUGGGUCUUAUAGACCUGUGAGAGGAUGGGGACGUUGGCCUUUUUAGGAACAUGGAAAGAUCAACAUGAAGCCAUUGAAGGUAUAUACAGUACAUGUAUGUGUAAAUAUGUUUUAUUUCUGUGUAUGUAUUGUAAAGGUAAAAGGGUAUGCAGCUACAAGCCUUUCCAGUUUCCUCUAACCCUCUCCUUUCUAUCAAUUUUAACUCUCCUUGUCAUCUAUUCUCCCCCUCUCUCUUCCUGCAGUGAUGUAUUCUGUUUGAUACACACACACACACACACACACACACAUAAUCAGUCAUACUGAUUGUGUGUGUAUCAAACAGAAUGUGUGUGUGUGUGUGUGUUUUUGUAUGUGCGUGUGUGUGCGAGUGGGUUCUGUGAAAUCUAUCAGAGUGAGUUAUAUUCCCUCACCUCCCUCAGCCUCUGGCAGACAUCCAGUAACUAUCUACUCUGGAAAUGAAUUUUCACAGACUCUGUCACCGCAAACUGUUAUCAAAAUGGAGCUGUUGGCUACUGUAUGUUCAGUGUUAUUGUGAGAAUAUUAGCCUCUAUCUCUAUUACACAUUGAUCUGACUAUUUCACCUGUGAAUGUGAGUGGUCCCUCAAAGAACUAACCCCUACUUUAUAGCUUUAAUUGUAUUUCGUGUGUGUAUUUGUAAAUGUAGUGAAGUUGCAUUCUGUGUCUGUGUAUAUGUGUGAUGUGAAGUUUUCAUGCUGCUAUACAAGGUUGUAAAAUAUUACAUUAUAUGUACAUGUACACUAUAGGCUACUGUUCAUAUAUUGUUUUUCAUUUGAAUACUCCAUGUCAAUAUUACAGUACUAUGAUAUACCUGUA